AUGGGGAAUGAUGUGACAAUGGACUUUAAAUCAAAGUCAAGAAAAUUUGAAACAUUGGGAAAAGACAAUAAAAUGGAGGCUUCAAUGGAUGAUGCACUAAAUGAAACACCAGUUAAUGUUGGAAACUCGAGUAAUGAGCCAUAUACUGCAACAAUGGGAAAUGAAACAAUGUUCGACUUCAAAAAAAUUGAGACAUCCAAGAAAGACAAUGAUAAGGAGGCUUUGAUAGAUGACCCACCUAAUGCAACAGUGGAGUCAAUGGGAAGGUGUGCAGAGGAUGCUCAUGGAAAAGACCACACUGUUUUUUUGAAAGCACCCAUUCAGGCAUCAGAGGAUGCACAUGCUCGUAUGGAUAGACUCGAGCAGAGGAUGAGACAGAUGAGGGUUUCGGAUGGAGACAUCAGUUGGGAUGAUUUUGAUGGAGCACCGGUAGUCAGUUUACCGACUCAGUUCAGGAUGCCAGAGAUUGAGAGGUAUACGGGCAUAGGUUGCCCUAAGAUUCAUUUGAGGUUAUACAGUAGUGUGAUGAGGGCCCACGGGUUGGAUGAGGCCCAUUUGAUUAUGCUUUUUCCCAUGUCCUUGAGUGGUGCAGCACAGCGUUGGUUUGCUUCUUUAGACGCUUCACGCCGUAGGACUUGGGAUGACUUGGCCCAAGAGUUUUUGAGACAGUUCGCGUUUAACACUGUCAUUGAUGUCUCGAGGAGAGAGUUGGAGGCCUUGAGACAGGGGCCAGAUGAGUCAGUUACUUCAUUUAUCUCCCGAUGGAGGGAGAAGAUCGCCCAGAUUGUUGAUCGUCCUUCCGAGAAGGACCAGAUUAGUAUGAUUUUGAGGAGUUUACAGCCUAGAUUUGCUAGACAUUUGAUGGGAUUUCCUCAUACGGAUUUUGGAUCCUUGGUACAGGCCCUGUAUGGCAUAGAGGAGGGCAUCGCUAGAGGGUUGUGGCCCGAGUCUUCUCCUUACGAUUCAAAGGGGAAGAAACCCUUAGGAGGACAGAGACCAGGAGAUGUGAGUGCUAUCAGUUCAGUAGGAUCGAGAUCUCCCAGGCGCUAUCAGACAUUCGGGCAGACUUCACGAGCCUAUUACCCGCAGCGUUAUGCUCAGUAUAGACCACCCAGGCCCAUGAUUCCUACAUACCUACACCAGACCCCAGAGCCUGUUUUUGCUGCACAGGUCUCGGAGAGGCCUCCUACCUUAUAUCCUCGGCCUCGAGCUCCACAGACUACUAUUCCUCUUGUACAGAGGCCGACACGACAGUUCUCCCAGCUAGGUAUGCCUUUGAGUCGAGCUUUCCAAAAGCUCAUGGAGGGUGGUUUGUUGACUCAGUUGGCACCUAGGCCUGUACCCCAGCCUGUGCCACCACGCUUCAGGAUGGAUCUACAUUGUUCCUACCAUCAGGGCCCAGGGCAUGACACAGAUCAUUGCGCCGCCUUGAGACAUGCUAUACAGGACUUGAUAGAUCAGGGUCUGGUUAACUUAGGGCAGCCGAGUGUAACCACGAACCCUCUACCGGCUCACUCUACACAUACAGUGCCACCACCCCCGGGUGGUAUACAUCAUAUAGAUUUUGUAGAGGAUGACAGCAUACACAUGAUGAGUUGGGAUGAUGGAGUGCCAGAGCCGAUUGUUUUGGAUGAUGGUUAUGAGGUUGACACAGUGGGUUCUCAGACUUUUACUCCAUUCAGUUUGAUUUCAGAUUGGAUACCAUUUGAGUUGACUCCUAUUGCACCAUCGGCCAUAGCACGUCAGGGCCCGCCCGCUCCAUUUAUCCUACGGCUAGAUGAUGAUGAUUUAGAGGGGAGAGAUGUACAGAUUGUGACCCGUAGUGGGAGAGUAGCUCAGCCCCCACCUCUAGUAGCUAGGCCAUUUGAUGGCGCGGUUUCUCGUGAGGAGAAUAGGAGAGAGGAUGAUGAGAUAUUGAGGCAGUUACAGAGUACACAGGCACGCAUAUCUAUCUGGAGUUUGUUAGCAUCUUCUAGUACUCAUAGAGAUGCAUUGAUUCGAGCUUUGAGCCAGAUCCGCGUAGAGACCACCACUACCCCGGAGGGGUUGAUUCACAUGAUGACGGCCGACAGGGCCACAUGUAUUGUGUUUUCAGAUGAUGACUUACCACCAGAGGGUUCGGACCACACACACCCUUUAUAUAUUAUAGUUGGUUGUUCAGGUCGUAGAGUCCCAUCCGUCCUAUUGGACAAUGGCUCAGCCUUGAACGUUUGCCCAUUGGCUACUGCUAUUGCUCUUGGUUAUGCACCUUCAGACUUCGGUACCUCUACACAGACGGUCAGAGCAUAUGAUAGUACUAAGAGGGAGGUCAUGGGUACUCUGAUGAUAGAGUUGAUGAUUGGUCCGACUACAUUUCCCAUCCUAUUUCAGGUUUUGAGGAUUCCCGCAUCCUUCAACCUGCUUCUGGGCCGACCAUGGAUUCACGGGGCCGGGGCUAUUCCAUCUUCCCUUCAUCAGAAGGUGAAGUUUAUUCAUGAUGGGCAGGUCAUCACAGUUCACUCUACCAGGGAUAUAUUCGCCACUUCUGAGCCAGACGACGUCAGCAGGGACCGAGCGAGUUCAUAG